ACACACCUUAGCGCACCUGUUGAGCGUACACCAUUUGAAGUAUCUAUGUAUUAUUGACUGAAAGUGCGGGUAGAAGCCGUGCAGGACUGACUGCAGUGUUACCUGGACAGGAUCAACUCGGACAGAGUAUGGCCUCUACUAUCAGUCUCCUCCCUGAGAGGCAUUUCUUAUGCUCUCUGUGUAGAGACAUCUUCACCAGCCCAGUGACCAUACCAUGUGGACACAGCUUCUGCUUGUCCUGUCUCUGCCGCUACUGGGCACGACACCAGUCCAAAUACUGCCCCCACUGUAAGAGGCUGUUCGCUGACAAGCCUGACCUCAGUGUCAACCGAAUUCUAUCAGACGUCUCUGACAACUAUAGAAGGACUCGACAACAGAAACCACCUGAUGAAGAAGUGGUUAUAGAUGUUGAGCAAAUGAUUCAGCAAAGGCUGCAGAAGAUUGAAAGAUUAAAAUAUUCCUUUGAGCUCCAAAAGAACUCUUACCUCAGAGAGGUGCGAGAGAGCCAGAAGGUUUUCUCAGCCCUCGUAAAUGCUAUGGAGAAGAGUCACAAAGCGGUCAUUUCAGCAAUCGAGGCGAGACAAGCAAAAGAGGAGAGGAGAGUGGAAACACUGGUGGAAGAGCUCAAACAAGAGAUUGAGAAGCUGAAGAAGGAGAUCACCGAAUCUGAUCCUCAGAUUCCUGUAAACAGUGAUCAGAGUGAUGAUACGAAGCAAGUUACUGUGAACAUUGCUUCCACGAUGUGCCCCUCUGACAUGAAGGACUGGUCCAAGGUUACCAUAGAAACCGACCCUUGUAUUGGGGUCACCAGGCGAGCACUGUCAGACAUGAUGGAAAUGAUAAAGGCAGAAGUCAACAGGCUCUCCAAAUCUGAACUUAAGAGGAUAGAGAAAUACACAGUGGAUGUCAAUCUGAGUGCUAAAACAGCCCACCCCUUCCUCUCUGUCUCAGACGACAGAAAACAGGUCAGACACACGGACAAGCUUCAGGAGUUGCCAGAUAACCCCAAGCGGUUUGACCGUGUAGCAAACGUGCUGGCCAAGGAAGGCUUCAGCAGUGGACGGUGCUACUGGGAGGUGGAGGUUGGGGAGAAGAUCGAGUGGAACCUGGGUGUUGUCAAACAUUCUAUAAACAGGAAAGGCAAGUUCACUGUCAGUCCUGCAAAUGGUUUCUGGAUUUUAAGCCUGAAGGCUGGAGGCCAGUACAUUGCCAACACCUCUCCUGUCACCCCACUGGCUCUUGAGCAGAGAUCCAGGAAGGUGGGCUUGUUUCUGGACUAUACAGAGGGCCGUGUGUCCUUCUACUGCGCAGAAUCUGGAGUCCACAUUCACACCUUCACAGAUACAUUUACUGACAGGCUUAAUCCAUUCUUCAGUCCCGGUCGCCUGCAUGGUGGCAAAAAUGAUGCUCCCUUAAUCAUCUGUUCUAGUUUCUGCAGCAUUUAAACAUAUUUAAUACACCAUUUAUAAA